GGGCGGGCUUUCCGGGAGUGUGUUUCCGGCGUCGGCGGCCGCGGCCGGGGACGGUGUGAAAGCGGUAAGAUGGCGGCGGCGGCGGUGGUGGAGUUCCAGAGAGCCCAGUCUCUACUCAGCACCGACCGGGAGGCCUCCAUCGACAUUCUCCACUCCAUCGUGAAGCGUGACAUUCAAGAGAAUGAUGAGGAGGCAGUGCAGGUCAAAGAACAGAGUAUCCUGGAACUGGGGUCUCUCUUGGCAAAGACUGGACAAGCUGCCGAGCUUGGAGGACUCCUGAAGUAUGUGCGACCCUUCUUGAAUUCCAUCAGCAAGGCUAAGGCAGCUCGCCUGGUCCGAUCUCUUCUUGAUCUGUUUCUUGAUAUGGAAGCAGCUACAGGGCAGGAGGUCGAGUUGUGUUUAGAGUGCAUCGAAUGGGCCAAAUCAGAGAAACGAACUUUCUUACGCCAAGCUUUGGAGGCAAGACUGGUGUCUUUGUACUUUGAUACCAAGAGGUACCAGGAAGCAUUGCAUUUGGGUUCUCAGCUGCUGCGGGAGUUGAAAAAGAUGGAUGACAAAGCCCUUUUGGUGGAAGUACAGCUUUUAGAAAGCAAAACAUACCAUGCCCUGAGCAACCUGCCGAAAGCCCGAGCUGCCUUAACUUCUGCUCGAACUACAGCAAAUGCUAUCUACUGCCCCCCUAAAUUGCAGGCGACCUUGGAUAUGCAGUCAGGUAUUAUCCAUGCAGCAGAAGAGAAGGAUUGGAAAACUGCAUACUCCUAUUUCUAUGAGGCAUUUGAGGGUUAUGAUUCCAUCGAUAGCCCAAAGGCCAUCACAUCUCUGAAGUACAUGUUGCUGUGCAAAAUCAUGCUCAACACCCCAGAAGAUGUCCAGGCUUUGGUGAGCGGGAAGCUUGCACUUCGGUAUGCGGGGAGGCAGACAGAAGCAUUAAAAUGUGUGGCUCAGGCUAGCAAGAACAGAUCACUGGCAGAUUUUGAAAAGGCCCUGACAGAUUAUCGGGCAGAGCUCCGGGAUGACCCAAUCAUCAGUACACACUUGGCCAAGUUGUAUGAUAACUUACUGGAACAGAAUCUGAUCCGAGUCAUUGAGCCUUUUUCCCGAGUUCAGAUUGAACACAUAUCUAGCCUCAUCAAACUCUCCAAGGCCGACGUGGAAAGGAAAUUGUCACAGAUGAUUCUUGACAAGAAAUUUCAUGGGAUCUUGGACCAGGGGGAGGGUGUCUUGAUUAUUUUCGAUGAACCCCCAGUAGAUAAAACUUACGAAGCUGCUCUGGAAACAAUUCAGAACAUGAGUAAAGUAGUGGAUUCCCUCUACAACAAAGCCAAGAAGCUGACAUAGAGUUGGAUCCGUAGCGGUCCUUUGGAGAGUGUGUGUGGCGGGAGAGUGAAACCUUUGGGGGAAAAUGCUAGGAGAUUCUUUUUUCUUUUUGUUCUACUUUUCGCUCGGAAAGUUUUUAAAUCCUCAUUUGGUGCAUCUGUAUUCCAGCCAAUAGAUGUGCCAGUUUUCAUGUAAUCUUUACUGGCCCAACUUGGGAGUGGGGAAAUUGCUUAAAAAAAAAAGAAAAAGAAAAAAAAAAGGUUAUUCUAAAUAAAAGGAAAAAGGCUUACACUA